UGUUAUUGAAAAACUUAAAUGAAAAAUUACAAAAAAAAAAUAAAAUUGUUGAAGCUAAAUUAAAUGUCAAAUGAAAAUCAAUGGGAAUUAUAAGCCACCGGCUUAAGUUGUUUUUGUGUUAUGUGUGUCUUGUGCGAUGAUAUGUUUUUUCAUUGUAAUAACUGAGAGUGUUAGCUUGUAAACAAAACGAAGAAAAUUAAAAGUGACGGUUUUUAUUACAUAAAACAAACAUAAAUAGAAAGACGAUAUCAAGACUUAUAUCGCUCAUAACGGAAAUAGAAAAUGUUAACAUGGUCUGUAAAGUUUCUUCAAUACAUUUACCUUCGGCAAAAAGUAAAAUUCUAUAGCUGCCAGCUUUUUAAUAUGAAAAAAUGUUCUUUUUACGUUCCAUUUUUAAUAGCAUAAUACAUAACAAAUUAAAAGAGGAAGUUCUUACGAAAACCUUUCUUUUUAUUUGUAAUUACUCAUUAAAAAUUAUCAACAGAAAUAAAUCAAUUAAAAAGGAUAGCAUGAGAUCGGUUUUAACCGUCAGUUUACUGAUGUUAUUGCUUCUCAAAAACAAUGAUAUGAUUACUAUGUCCGAAACAGUGAAUUCGAGUUCAUCUUUAGAUUACCAUAUGGAAGAAGGAUAUGACAAAAACCAAAGACCGAAUUCAACAACAUAUGUGGAUGUUGGACUUUUUAUUAAUCGCAUCUCUGCAGUUGAAGAAAAUAAAGAAGAAAUUUCAUUUGAUGUAUUCCUUCAAGUUAUAUGGACAGAUCGAAGGAUACGACCGCGUGAAGCUAAUUUGACACGGAGCAAAAAUUUUACAGAAUUACAAAUUGAAGAGAGACAAAAAAUGUGGGUACCAGACUUGUAUAUAAGACAACUAAAGGAAAUGAAAAUAAUUAAAUUAUUCGAGGAUAUAUCUAGUUUACGACUUUAUCAAAAUAGUACAAUUGUUCUUAGUAUAGGUGCUACUAUAAUUAUAAAAUGUGAUAUGGACUUCGUUUUGUACCCGUUAGAUGUACAAAAAUGUCCAGUAGAUUUCAGUAGUUAUAAAUAUUCUAGACAUGAAAUGGAAUUCCAUUGGAAACGAGGCAAUGCCAUUACAUAUCCAAAUGAUUUUGGCAAUGGCUUUUUUCGACUGCCCAAAUAUGUUGUAUCCUUUCAUCCUGAAUUGGAUAUGCGUAUUAUAAAUUAUGGUGAUGAGGACCAUUCUUCAGCUCGUUUGGAGAUAACACUAUCACGUGAAGUCAAAAGCUACCUGCUCGAAAACUACCUGCCAUCAACCCUAUUCGUAUCAAUGUCCUGGGGAAGUUUUGUAGUGGUCCCAGAAGUUGUGCCCGGCCGAAUGGUUCUACUGGUGACAACUCUUUUAUCCUUAAUAACAAUGUUUGAUACUGUACGCAAUAAUUCUCCAGAUGCUCUAGAAUUAAAAUGCCUUGAGGUGUGGCUUAUAUCAUGUACGCUGUUCGUAUUCCUCGCACUCAUGGAGUACUUCAUUGUACUUUUUGGUAUACGAUACGAUAAGCAUUGGCGCACUUCAAAAACACUCAUACCAGGAUUGGCUUCACCUACAAUCAACUUGGCCGCUAGUGGAAUGAGCUCAGAGACUCCAAUGACUACAUUUCGUGGUCCUCGAAGAAAUGGCAUCGAACACGCUGCAAGAGGUUUCCAGCUAAACAGAGUAAAUCCUGAAACAAAAACAAUCAAAUCAACAAAUUCCCUAAGUCCGAAUGUACCUCCACCUUCGGCGGAACAUCAAAAUGCAACUCAACCACAAAUAUCAGAACAUGAAGAUCCAAACACAAUCGAUCCAUCAACCAUCAAUACCCCAAUGCAUCGAAGAAGCUUUUACAGAUUCCGCAAUGCUGCCGAGUAUGCUCUUCUCUAUGCUGGAUCACAACGUGGCAGGUUAGAUCAAAUAUCUUUGGUCCUCUUUCCAUUAAGCUUUUUGGUGUUCGCCAUUGUCUACUGGGUGUUGUAUCUGAGUGAAUCGCGAAAGAAGAUAUGAUACGAUGCAGCAUUGUUGGACAGUCUUAUGAGGUUCUAUUUUAUGAAGCUUGUCCGAUUUGUGUUUCUUUUUCUAAGCUUUAUUCCUUAAGUUAGUUUUAUUUAUUAAUUUUAAAGGAAUGUGAUACUGUACAAAAUGAUUAAAAAAAAACCAAAAGUGUCAAGAAGAAUGUAAAGUUUUAUUUAUUAUUUCGAUUUUAAAAACUAAAUUGUUAAAUUUGUAUUCCAAGUCAAUAUUUCAUAUUCAUAUCUCUAUUAAAAAUCUUCAAUCUCAUCCAAGUCUUACAAGAAAAAUAUAUUCUGUACAAAAAUAAUAGAUUAUAGAUUUGGUAUAUGGGGAAAACAUUCAUGAAAUACUUUCUGUCAAAAAUUCAAUCUGUUACUUGAAGCCUUUUAAAUAAUAACAAUAA